AUGAUUUCUAAAAGCUUGCCGGCAUGGCUACUGGUGCUUCUCCAUCUCGAUUUGACUGCCGCCAUGCGCAUCAUAGGGCUCUGGAACGAAGACGCUGCCCGCACACCGUACCAACUCUUGACGAACGAGCCCAACCAGCUCGCAGAGCCAUCAAACACAAAAUAUUCUCAAGUGCCAAAGUUUUUCAAGAGACUGGGGAGCUCCUUGAGAAACAAAUCCACAUCCACAUCUGCUCAAAACAUGGCCAUCGCAGAGGAUUCGGAUAAUCUGAAGCAUUAUUACAACCACAUCUUUAUUCGGGAUCCCCAACAUCCGCGCGGCAGCUGCACUCCUCAAUGGCUAAGAGGUCACGAGUUCGACGAGCGCCUCGAUAGCACUUUCCGCCAUAAGUACAUCUCUGGAGACCACCUACUCCGCAAUCUGUUGGAGAAAUUCCGCUUGAAUGAAACCGAAGCUCCCCAGAAGCUGAGCUAUGACACGAGGCGCCUGAUCCACCAGGCCCUAUACACUCUGCUCCAGAUGCAGCCCAACAAAGACCCCGAAACGGCCGUUCGGAUCGCCCAUUACUUCCAAGUGUUUUGUCAGAUCAGUGGUGUCCGCCGCCAAGAAAGAACCAAGCUUAACCACCUCAUCCUGGCAUGUCUUAAAAAACAUAUCGAGCCACUGGUCACAAGCAGACGGUUGAAUCGACACGGUCGGUACUUAUACCGUUGGAUGGAGCGGAUUUUGCCUACGAAUCCUUCCUCAGGCAAACCUUUACUUAAAGAAUGA